AUGGCGAAAACGACAGAGGCCCCAACCGCGGGGCUUGAGGCCGGAGCGGCCGCAGCUGCGGCCAAACCGAAGCUGCACGGCCGAGCAUUUUAUGAGAGCAUUGGAAGCCCAAAGUACAUACUCGCACCUAUGGUGGAUCAAUCUGAAUUUGCAUGGAGAAUGCUGAGUCGUUCGUUCAUUACGGCGUCCGAGCAGAAGAACUUGGUGGCCUACACACCAAUGUUCCAUGCCCGGCUGUACAAAGACACUGAAAACUACCGCCAGUGCCACUUCCAGGCGGUUAGACCCGACGACUCGAACGAUGCGACUCCGACGACCAAACCCUGGCUCGACGGCAACCCUGCCAUCGACAGACCUCUGUUUGUGCAAUUUUGCGCAAACGAUCCCGAUGCUCUCUUGGGCGCCGCGCUCAGGGUCGCGCCGUACUGCGACGCCGUGGACCUGAACUUGGGGUGUCCACAGGGCAUCGCCAAGAAGGGAAAAUACGGCGCGUUUCUGCAGGAGGACCAAGAGCUCAUCUUCAAGCUCAUCAACACCCUGCACAAGAACCUCCCGAUCCCCGUGACGGCGAAGAUUAGGAUACUGGAUACCAGAGAGGCGACGCUGGCCUACGCCAAGAACGUGCUGUCGGCGGGCGCGUCGAUCCUCACGGUCCACGGGAGACUGAGGGAGCAGAAGGGCCACCUGACAGGCCUGGCGGAUUGGGACACCAUCAAAUGGUUGAGGGGCCAGCUGCCGCCGGAGACGGUGCUCUUCGCAAACGGUAAUAUCCUGCAGCACGCGGACCUCCAGCGCGCGCUGGACGCCACGGGCGCGGACGGUGUCAUGAGCGCGGAGGGAAACCUUAGCGACCCGACCAUCUUCGGCCGGCCGCCGGAGCCAGGCACUGAGACGAGGGAAUACUGGCGCGGCAGGGACGGCAAGGGCGGAUACCGCGUCGACGCGGUGAUGAGGCGGUACAUGGACAUUUUGCACAAGUACGCCGCGGGCCAGGACCCACCCUCGCGGCGUCCGCUGUUUGUGCCGGGCGACGACACGGCGUGGAUGGAGGAGAUGGAUAGGACGGCGGCGGAGGAGGAGGAGCCGGAGCGGAAGAAGCGCCGGCGGGACGUGACGAACGGGCCCAAAUCGGCCAAGAGCCGGGCGCUGAGCCCGAAUUACUCGGCGAUGCAGCCGCACAUGUUCCACCUCCUGCGGCACUUUGUGUCGAAGCACACGGACGUGCGGGACCUGUUGGCGCGGAGCCGGGCCGGGGACUUGGAGGCGUACGAAAGGAUCCUGGGCAUGGUCGAGAGGAAGGUCGCAGACGGGCUGAUUGAGUACGAGGCCCGGGGCGCCGACAUGUUCUUUGGUGAUGAGGUGCUCGGCCCCGAGGCCGACGCGACGGAGGUGAUUGAGGAGAACGGGGAGAGUUCGAGGGGCGCGGUGAAGAGGUGCAAGAGGCCUUGGUGGGUCGUGCAGCCGAUCAUCCGACCUUUGCCCAAGGAAGCCAUGGCCAAGGGGGCUGUGUCGUUGAGUAAGAAGGAUAAGGCCAAGUUGAAGGGGGCGACGAGCAAUGGCGAGGCGGCGGCUACGGCGGCUGGUGUGACGAAUGGGGAAGUGAAGGAAGAGGAGAAGAAGACGGAGGGGGAGGAUCAGAGUGUUCAGGAAAAGGUUCUUGAGACUGAUGAUAAGUUGCUUGCCGGUUGA